AUGUCACUCUGUCUUUUUUCUUAUGGGUCUUGGUCUCUUUCUAUCUAUCUAUGUCCGCCUCUUCAUAUCUAUCUAUCUAUCUAUCUAUCUAUCUAUCUCUCUCUAUGUAUCUCUGAAGGUAUGUAUGUAUCUAUCUAUCGAUGUCCACUUCUACACAUCUCUCUCUCUCACUAUCUAUCUAAACUGCUCUGCUUUUAUUCUCUGCUUCUUUCUUCUCCUUUUUUUUCAUCUCUUUUAUUCGAUUUACAUUCUAGGUUCUUAGCUACGUUAUUUGUCCUCCUUUCCGACUUUCUUCAUCAUUCAAUUUCCUCUUUCAAUAAUCCACUCAGUUCUCUUUUCCGGCAUUUUUUUUUCCUCUUUUUCCAUCUGCCGAAAACAAUACAUUUACUUGAUUAUUUUAAGGGAUUCUUUCUUGUUUUUCAUGCAUUCCUUGAGAUACCCGCUCUCAUGCGUCCAUUCAACGAUACUGCCCCUUCUUUCUUUGAGAAUAUUUUUAUUCUUCAAGUUUUCUUAAUCUUCUUUCUCAUUUACUUUCUCUCUUUAUUUGCUUUUAUAUUCAUUCAUUCCUUUUUUUUAAUGAUUCUUCCUUCUUUAUACUCUUUCAUUUCAUUCUUACUUCAGUUUCUUUUUUGCUCUUUUCUUUUUACGAUGAAAUUAUAUUCAGUUAUUCUUUUUUUCCAACUGUUUUCAUUCACUUAUCUUUCUUUUUUCUUUCUUUUUUUCUUUGUUUUUUCUUUCUUUCUUUCUUUCGAUCUUUCGUUAAUUCUUACUUUCGAUCUUUCUUUUCUUUUUUCUUACUUUUUUCUUUCUUUUUUCUUUCUUUCUUUCUUUCUUUCUUUCGAUCUUUCUCUGCAUGAUUUUUAUUUUCUUUUCCCGUUUCGCUUUUCUUCUCUCAUUCUUUUCUUUUUCCACAUUCUUUUGAUCAACUGUAUCGUUAUUUCUAAAUGCAUUUCCGUUUUUAUAUUUUACACUUUUUAUUCUUUCUAUCGUUCAGUUCUUUUUUUAGCGUAUUCUUUGUUUGUUUCUACGCUUUUCUUAUUUUCUAUGCUUCUCUCAUCUAUAAUUUCUGUUUACAUCUGUGAUUUUCUUUUCAAGCCGGUAGACCCCUUCAAUCUGUUCAUUAUCUAUCUAUCUAUCUAUCUAUCUAUCUAUCUAUCUAUCUAUCUAUCUAUCUAUCUAAGUCUAUACAUUAUCUAUCUAUCUAUCUAUCUAUCUAUCUAUCUAUCUAUCUAUCUAUCUAACUAUCUAUCUAUCUAUCUAAGUCUGUUCCUUAUCUAUGUAUCUAUCUAUCUUUCUAUCUAUCUAAGUUUGUUCACUAUCUAUCUAUCUAUCUAUCUAUCUAUCUAUCUAUCUAUCUAUCUAUCUAUCUAUCUAUCUAUAAAGACAGAUAUAUCGGCAGAUUAA